UGCCUUUCCAUUCACAUUGGCCAAGCUGGUGUCCAGACUGGGGAUGCUCUUUGGGAACUCUAUUGCCUGGAACAUGGAAUACAGCCAGAUGGUGUCAUUCUUAACAGUAAAAUGGAUCAACUGGAAAAUGCUAAAAUGGAGCAUAUGAAUGCAUCUUUCAAUAACUUCUUCUGUGAGACAAGAUCUGGGAAGUAUGUGGCCCGCACUUUCUUCAUGGACCUGGAACCAACUGUUACAGAUGGGACUCGUGCAGGGAAGUACCGCUCACUCUUCCAUCCAGAGCAGCUCGUUAGUGGAAAGGAGGAUGCUGGAAACAACUAUGCCCGAGGCCACUACUCUAUAGGGUCAGAGAUCAUUGACCUUGUGCUGGAGAGGAUCCGAAAGCUGGCAAAACAGUGCAGUGGACUUCAAGGAUUUCUGAUUUUCCGAAGCUUUGGAGGAGGCACUGGAUCAGGCUUUACAUCUCUCUUAAUGGAACGACUCUCAAUAGAAUACAGCAGGAAGACUAAGUUGGAGUUCUCUGUCUACCCAGCCCCCAGGAUCUCCACUGCUGUAGUGGAGCUAUACAAUUCCAUCCUCACCACCCAUUCUACUAUAGAAUACUCAGACUGUGUCUUCAUGGUGGACAAUGAGGCCAUGUAUGACAUAUGCCAUUGUAAGCUUGAUGUUGAACGCCCUUCUUACACCAACAUUAAUAGGCUGAUAGGUCAGGUGGUGUCUUCCAUUACUGCUUCCCUCCGGUUUAAAGCGUCCUUGAAUGUGGACCUAAUUGAAUUUCAGACCAAUCUAGUACCUUAUCCAAGAAUACAUUUCCCCAUGACAACCUAUGCUCCCCUCAUCUCCACUUACAAAGCUUAUUAUGAGCAGUUCUCCAUGCCAGAUAUUACUUCUGCUUGCUUUCAGUUCUCCAACCAGCUGGUCAAGUGUGCCACUCAGCUAGGGAAGUACAUGGCCUGCUGCAUACUGUACAGACGGGAUGUGGCCCCUAAGGAUGUGAAUGCUGCAAUUGCAGCCAUGAAGCCAAGGAAUUCUGUCCAGUUUGUAGAUUGGUGUCCAACUGGUUUCAAGGUUGGCAUCAACAAUUAGCGACCCACUGUGGUGCCAGGAGGGGACCUGGCCAAAGUCCAGCAGGCUGUCUGUAUGCUGAGCAACACUAUGGCAAUUGCAGAGGCUUGGGCCCGCCUGGACCACAAGUUUGACCUCAUGUAUGCCAAGCAGGCAUUUCUGCACUGGUACUUUAGAGAAGGCAUGGAAGAAGGGGAGUUCAUAGAGGCCAGGGAAGAUUUGGCAGCCCUGGAAAAGGAUUAUGAGGAAGUGGGGCAAAGUUUUUGA